AUGGCUCGCCUCGAGACCAAGCCGCUGCUGCCCCUGGGCAACGAUCACUCGCUGCACUGCGGCGAGUCGUUCGCUCGGCGUCUGCUGUCCAUCCCGCGCGAAGUGAUCCCGCUGUCGUUGUUCGCCUUCGGGGGGCCGCCGGCUCACCUCGCGCUGGCCCACGACCGAUUCGUGUACAAGCACAAGUGGCUGACUGAUGAGAGGUUCCUCGAGGUGUUGUCCAUCGCCUCGGCAAUCCCCGGCCCGUCGUCGACUAUGACUAUUGCAGCCAUGGGACUAUUCCGAGCUGGCCCAUUGGGCGGGCUGCUCGCGCUCUUCUUCUGGGUGUUGCCUAGCUGGAUCAUUAUGACCAUCGCAGGCUUCGGGGCCAAGUCGUAUCUCCAAGAUGGCUUGCCCGUGUGGCUGAGUGGCCUGGCCCCGGCCGCCGUGUCGAUUGUCGUGAUUGCGGCUGUCCGGCUGUGGCAAAAAGCCUGCGAGGACGACACGGCCAAGAAUUUUGUUGCUGCGGUGUCUGCAUGUGCGAUCUUAGCGACUCAAGGCAUGUCGUCGCUGAUCUUCCCCGGAGUCAUGGCGGCGGGCGGGCUUACCAUCUUGCUAUCGACCAUGUGUGGCUACUUGCAAGCGCCACUUUCCAAUGAACGUGUCACCUCUAGCCACCUGGAAAGGCAAAUCGGCAUCCAUCCCGUUGCUGGAGUGCUGAUCGUGCUCUUCUGGCUCGUGGUGCUGGUAUUGCUUGAAGUGUACCACCCGCAGGAUGGAGGCGAGCACUCGCUUCUCUCGCUGUUCUACACAUUCUACUGGAUCGGAUCCAUUAUCUUCGGCGGUGGCCAAGUGAUGCUCCCCAUGUUGCUGGACAAUGUCGUGAUGGCCGGAUGGGUCUCCAAGGAGCAGUUCUUGAUCGGCCUCGCUUUGGUGCAAUCCCUGCCAGGACCGCUGUUCAACAUCUCGGCGUAUCUCGGGGCGCUCAUCUACGGUAUUCCAGGGGCGAUCGUAGCAAGUACGGGACUCUUCGGCCCUGGCAUCGUCCUCUUCUUCGGCUUGCUUCCGCUGUGGGAACGUGUCCGUAGCAACACAAGCUUGAAGAUCUUCCUGUCCGGGGUUAUCGCUUCAUCGACGGGCCUCAUUGUGGCCUCCUUCUUCUUGCUGUGGGAUAAGGCGGUGCAUUCAAACGCAAACGCAGCGGUGGGACUCGCGACUGCGUUGAUGGUGGGGAUUUUCCAAGUGCCUACGUCGAUCGCGAUCAUCAUUGGAGCCAUUUUGGGUUUUCUACUCUCCUCAGAGGUGUUUGGUAUCGGCCAGAAAGAUUUCUGCAGCUGA